AAUGGAGCUCGAGGCCAUGAGCAGGUAUACCAGCCCGGUGAACCCAGCUGUCUUUCCCCAUCUGACCGUGGUGCUCCUGGCCAUUGGCAUGUUCUUCACCGCCUGGUUCUUCGUUUACGAGGUGACCUCCACCAAGUACACUCGGGACAUCUACAAAGAGCUCCUCAUCUCCCUGGUGGCCUCGCUCUUUAUAGGCUUUGGGGUCCUCUUCCUGCUGCUCUGGGUCGGCAUCUAUGUAUGACAACCCCCACCCCCUCGGGGCACCAACCAGCGGCUUCACUGGAUCUCUCCUUUUGUAAAUUACACUUUGGGUCUUUUUUUACUCUUUCUGAAAAGAGUCACCCCUGU